AUGAGGGCAGAGGCGAGAGGAGGACGGAGAUGGUCGUCAGGAGCCACCAGGAGGAAAGAUCACUGGAGGAAAGAGGAGGACAUGCUGGAGAACUUGCGGAAGAAGGCAGAGGCGCGGCUGAAGAAGGACGAGCAGGCGAAGGAGACGGGGGAGGGUCAUGAGGGAGGGACGGUGAGGAUCGAGAACGUAACGAUGAAGGCAACGGAUGAUGGAGAGUUCGUUCCUGACGAUACGAUUAGAGCGAUCGCAGCAGCAGGAGGGUAUGACACAGUCGAGUCGUGGGAGGCGGCGAGGAAAUCGGAGGGAGUUGGGAGGGCGGCGGAGAAGAAGGCGGGGAGCGCGGGCGCGGGCAAGAAGACGUCGACGACGCUGGUGGAGAAGGAGAAGCGGAAGGAGGAGAGGAGGAAGGAGAGGAAGGAGGUGGAAGCGGCGAGGAGCAGAGGGGAGAAGCAGCCUAACAUGAUCGAGAACUUGGGCGAAUGGAUCGCCUCCAAGUUUCAUGCCAAGAACGAGCAGAUUCUAGCGGGGGGCAUGGAGCAGGAAAGAUUGCAGAGGAAACAGGUUUGA